AUGUCCGACAAGUCCACAACAAAGAAGUUUCCAGAUGUCGAGGGCGGCGGGAGUCUUAUUCUAGCCUGGCAAAUCAAGGGAAAGAAAGUUUUAGUCGUUGGAGGCGGCGAGGUCGCUUCAGGUCGAAUCCUCAAUUGUCUCAAUGCAGACGCCAACGUCACCGUCGUUUGUCCCGCGUCGGGCUUCAACCCCGAGGUAGCGCAUCGCGUUGCCCAGGGCGAAGUCACCCACGUCGACCGUCUCUUCGAACCCUCAGACCUCGACGGCGCAGAAAUGGUCCUGGUGGCCAUUGACGACCCUGCUGCCUCGACGGCGAUUUGGAAGCUCUGCAAGGAGCGGAGGAUACCAGCCAACAUUGCCGACGUCCCUCCCGAAUGCGACUUCUACUUUGGCAGCGUCCACCGUGACGGCCCUCUCCAGAUCAUGGUCAGCACCAAUGGCAAGGGCCCGAGGUUAGCUGCCAUCAUUAGGCGGUAUAUCGCAAAACAGCUGCCCAGGAAUGCCGGCAAUGCGAUUGAAGCCAUCGGCACGCUGAGAGGCAAGUUGCGCAAGGUUGCUCCGAACCCGGAGGAUAGCCCGAAGCGCAUGGGCUGGAUGACCAAGGUCAGCAAUGCAUACGACUGGGAACAGAUGUGCGACCUGACGGAUGAGGAUAUGGAAAAUCUCCUCACCUUCUACUCCAAUAACGUCGUCCCAACCAUUGACGAUCUCAUGGCAAUGAGAGAAACCCCCGGCUUUCAGGCAGACCUGUUUGACGGCUCUUUCGGCUUCUGCGUCGGAGCAUAG